AGGUUAGAGCCUGACCCCCACCCACCCCCCCCCCCCCCCCCCCCAUGACAGAUAAAAGUGAGACUAACCUGAUCUCCCACAGUUGAUGCUGAGGAAUGUCAAGACCACCCCUGACGUUGACUCACUCACGAGAAGGAAGCUUGAAUGGCACAAUACUUUCAUCAAGUAUAAAAUCCAGUAAGGUGAUGGGCGGAACUCGUUCUGUUCAUGUGCUGGAAUCCCAGGAUUUGAUCACUGGGUACCAAGAGAUUGAUUCCAAGCUUGAAGAGAUAACAACAUCUUCUAGGCAGGAUACUAGAACCCUGAAAAGGAGGAUGUUACGGGAAGUACUGGACGCAACGCCUGGACUCAUACUUCUUGGGAUUACAUUCCUGUUCCAGACCAUGCCCUCCACAUACAUGCCAGUCAUUCUCAGACAAGAUUAUGGCAUUCCGGAGAGCACAUCUGCCAUCAUCAUAUCAUCUUCAACGUUUACGUACAUUUUGUCGUGCAUCGUGUCCCCAAAAUUAGACGACUGUCUGGAUUCAAAUUUGAUAAUGGUCGUAUCGUAUUUCAUUUUUCUAAUAUCUGGGAUCGCAUUCUCCUUCAUUAUCGGGUUACCUCGAUAUUUGCUUCCAGGCGUGGGGAUAUCGUUGAGAGCACUGGCUGGUUUCUCAGCAGGGGUUUUCGAGAAUAUUCUUAGCACAACUCUUGUAAGGAAAUUUCCUGGUAGAAUAGGUGCCUUUAGCGCGGCCAUUGAAACCGCUAUUAACGUCGGCUGUUUGAUAGGACCAAUUCUAGGAGGAGCUCUAUACACAUGGACAGGGAAGUUUUCCACAACGUGUCUACUACCAAUGUGCCUGGCAACGGUGGUUUUUAUGUGGUUUGUGGGACAAGUUUCACGAGAGUUGAACGUUAAGUUCAAAAGGAGAACCUAUUCUAGACCAAACUCUGGCUCAGAAGAAUGUAACAGCAGUGGGGGAUUUUUGAAAGUUUUGAGUUACUGGCAAAUUGUUCUAACUCUUUUCUUACCCUUCUACGGAUCUUUUGUUACUAAUCUACCUUUAACUAUAACAGCACCCUAUAUUGACGAUGCCUUUGACAAGGGAUCAGUUUCGGCGGGAGUCCUGUUUCUAGUGGACGCAGUAGGAUACUUAGUGUUUGUUAUCUUAUCAGGCUUCCUUACUGAUAUCCCCAGGUUCAAAAAAUUGGCACUUUGGGUCUUUGCAAUAUGUCCCUUCAUCCAAGCGUUCGGUAAUCUACUGAUUGGUCCCGCGUUCUUCCUCCCUUUCACUCCCUCCUACAAUUGGAUCCUCAUUGGGUUCGCAAUCAGCUCCUCUGGGUUCGGAGUGGCCUGUGGACCAGGUCUGAGAUCACUGACAGCCAUGUGGCGAGGAAUCCAACCUGACAGAGAUACCGACUACUCUGCUUACAUCACCUCAAUCUUCCUUGUUACUUUCUCUUUGGGUGAGGGUGCAGGUAACGCGGUGGGAGGUAUUUUGUACGAUUACAUGUCCUACAACUCUAUAGCCACCAUCUUCGGGUUCUCUCUUUGUCUUCAUGGUCUCAUCAACACCAUAUUCGUCAUAUCAGCUUAUGACAAGCCUUACAUGAGGGAAGUAAUUGGAGCAAAAUCAGAAUACACCUCAGCAACUUCACCCCUUCUGGGAAAGAGGAGAAACCAUAGCAGUGAAAGUGGAACUGAAAAUGAACUUUACGAUUCAACCAACGGAGAGAGGACUUGAAAAUCAGUAUUCUGCAAUACAGUCAACAAAACCAUGACUGAUUUACAUCUUUUUCAAUCAUAGAUUCGUUUGUCAGAUGUACGCUUUGGACCUGCGUACUGCCGUUCACAGUUCACAACUCUUAUACUUCAAAGUUCAACAACUCUUAUACUUCAAAGUUCAAGUUAGUUUUACAGCAAUCACUGAAAAUGAGGACUUGAAGCACGUUUGUUGAGAAGACUUGAUAUUGUGUUAUGUACACGAUAUUAGUACCACUGGUGGCAAGGGUACUAAGGGUGAUUUAGUUUUACAGUACUUCUUCUCAGAUCUAAACAUCACCAAUUGAUUUUGCGAAGUUGACUAAAUUAAACGUUAAUGUUAAAUGAUAAUUUACUGGUGAUUCGUAUUAAAUAAAUGAAAAUAAUAGGAUAAAUCUAAUCUUAGAUCGACCAACGAGCAUUGAUUGUAUAAAAUGUGUUAACGGAAAUAUGGCUCCUGUACAAUCAAACCCUGCAAUUUUAUACAGUUUCAAGGAUGGGACAUUUCUAAAAACAUCGAGCAAAUCUAUUAUUUGGAGAUCGUGUAACUGUAAUUAGUAAUUUUUGAAUUCGAGGAAUGAUUUAUGAUGGUAGUCACGCCCAUCGAGUCCCCUAGUGCCCAUUUCAAAACGCAUUUCACUCUACAAGCAUGAUUUAUCACAAACUUAUGGGACGAAACGACUCGAGUUGGAAUGUGUUUUUAAAGACCAAUGUUAAGUUCAGUUCUUCCUGGUGUCCAUAUGCAUACCUAUGAAGUGAAGACGAAGUACGCUCUACGAUGAAACAUAAGUACUUAGUACGUGGACCAUGUGCAAAUGUAUUUUACCGUCUUAGCACUGAGCAGCACACGCAAUCACUUCAUUAGCCAUGAGAAAAUUUUCAUGUGGUGAUUAAUAUGGAUUGCAAAUUCAAGGGCGUUAUUUAGCUUGAUGAGCGCUAAUGUGUAUAUGUUCUCAUCAAAAAGCUUUUUGUUGUCGCUAGUACUGUCGCUAGAAGAAGCUUUUUACACCUGUUGUAUUGUCUUUUGCUACGUGGCUAAUUUCUCUGAUCUUAAUCGAACUGAAGUUCUCGAUAAUAAUAUUAUAUUUUGAUUUUUGACAUGACAUUUGUCUGCUUUGCUGACAAAUGUUCGACAAAAGAACUUCGACUGGAUGAAUUAAAAGAUAUUUAUAAAGAUAAAUUUUGUAAUUCAGAUUAUCUUUCAAUUUAGUUUUUUAUCGAAC